AUGAACCACAUUUCAAGCCUUGAGCUCACCCUCCCAACCAUCCUCCAAAACCUCAAUACACAAAACCCAACAUCCCUCCCUCUCCAAAUAUCGAUUCAUAACCUUACAAACACCCCAAUCACAGUCCUCCGCUGGAACACUCCAUUUGACCCACGUGCCUCUUUACUGGAUCUCUUCGAAGUCCGUGAUACAACAACCGGACGCACACUGGCAGCCGACACAAUCAAAAUAUCACGAAAGCUUCCCGCGUCCGUGGAUGACCUGGUAGAGAUUAGAGCCGGCGAAACAAUGACGUGCGAUGCCACUAUUACCGGAUUAUACUUUGAAACGGGUCACGAGUACUCUGUUCGUGCCCGGGGAAUUUGGAUGGCCAUUUGGCCGAGGCAGCUGGAGGAUGUUACUGCAUCCCAAAUGCAGAGCCUUUUUGGGGCGGAAAGCGGGGGAUUUGAGUCGAAUGUGGCCGUUGUGGAAGUCAAAUGA